AAUAAACAAGCUGAAACGUGUAGUCAGAUCCUAAUUGUGGCACUUUCAACACGUAUGAUAUUUCAUGCGUUAAAUAUUUACUUUUCAAUGAAAUUGAGUUGCUCGUACGGGGAAAUUUACGAGUUUUUCAUUUGACAAACGAACAGUUCUAGUUUAGUUUUAAUUUGUUUUUAAAUUAUUUUGUUAUCUAGUCAGUUAAUAUAAGUUUAUUUUAAUGGCAAACAUGUUAAUAAGGACUAGUGUGAGUAAAUAUAAGUUCGCAGUGCUCCUAAGAAUUGUUUUCUUCAUCGGUAUUCCCGCGUUUUAUUUUUGUUUCCUGCGCGGCGACACUACUGGAAUAAAAGCUGAAUAUGAUAUCGUUCCAACGAAGUUUUCAUCUCGUAGUCUGCUGAGUCUGCCCGGAGAAGAGAACUGUACGAAGCCCGCCAUUUUGGAAUUCCCACCUGACGGAUUCACCAGAUACCAGAGGCGGCAUGGUUUCAUCGCUGUGCAUUGCGUGCUAGCUGUGUACUGUUUUCUUCUCCUGGGCACAGUCUGCGAGCAAUACUUCGUGCCUACUAUCAAGAUUAUAUGCGAGCGUCUAAACAUGGCGUCGGACAUAGCCGGGGCUACGUUCAUGGCGGCGGCCAGCUCCAGCCCAGAACUGUUCAUCAACUGUGUGGGGACAUUCGUGACGGAAGGAGACCUGGGAGUGGGAGCCGUAGUAGGCUCGGCCGUCUUCAACGUCCUUGCCGUGCCCGCUUGCUGCGCGCUCGUUGCUGGGAGGGUGAUAGAACUGGACUGGUGGUCGGUGUCUCGGGACUGUAUGAUGUAUGCUGUCGCGGUGGUGGCUCUGAUCCUCUCGCUGCUGGACGACAAGGUGUACUGGCACGAGGCUCUGCUGCUGGUGCUCAUGUACACUCUGUAUAUAUUAGCCAUGGUCUUCAACGGACACCUCGGUCGGUUCGCGAGGAGUGGUUGUUGUAUCAACAGACCGAAGCCCUACACGGAGGUCACCCCGCUCCUUAUCAAAGACAAAAACAGAAACUUUGACCUAGCUGACAAUCUGAACAACCUUAAAAAGCUGAAUGACAUGGAGAAAGGAGGGAUCGAAUUAAGAGAGAGGCGAGAUUCUACUGAUUCAGACCUAAGCGUAAGCUCCGUGUGGUCCUGGCCUGAUGAGAAGACGUCCCUCGGUAAGAAACUCCUGUGGGUGCUGACUUGGCCAAUCUGUCUCCUGCUGUGGGCCACCAUCCCGGACUGCAGGCGCCACCAGAACCUCUACCCUGUCACCUUCAUCAUGUGCAUCACCUGGAUCGGCGGAGUAUCUUAUCUGGUGGCGUGGAUUAUAACUAUUCUUGGUGAUACGCUUGAUGUUCCGGACAGCAUUACUGGACUCACCAUUUUAGCUGCUGGCACCAGCUUACCAGAGGCGGUAUCCAGUGUGCUAGUCACGAAUCAAGGUCACGGUACGAUGGGCAUCAGCAACUCAAUAGGAUCAAACACCUUCGACAUAUUACUGUGUUUGGGACUACCGUGGCUUAUAAAAUCGCUGUGCUAUCCUACAGAACCUGGCAACCACUGGGUGAGAAUCAACUCGAGUGGACUCUCCUACAGUGCCAUCUCUCUUCUCUCCACCCUCAUCAUCUUCUACGCGUCUCUCGCCUUCAACAAAUUCCAACUAGACUGGAAGAUAGGAAUAUCAUGCGCGCUCAUAUACUUUGGAUUCCUAGUUUUUGCUACACUCAUAGAACUGAACAUGUUCUUUGUAGUAAACUUGCCUACUUGCGCACAUUAAAAAGCCUGAAAUGCCAAGGGAGAGUCUGCUACAAAACGUAGAUAUCAGCUCUCAUUAGAUGGUUAGUUGGUUGGGAAGGACUACUUUUAAUAUCUUAGAUCAAAAGGCUAUUGUGGUAGAUUGACAUAGUAGGGAUCAGCUUUUUAGAGUUGGUUUACAAACGGGAGAACAAGAGUGAAGAUUAAAACGAAUAACG